AUGUCUGCGACACAAUUAGCAUAUUCCCUCCAACUUUAUGAGGAAACCUGCAAGGAUCUAUGCACAAGCGCUGCAGACCUCAUUCAAAGGGCAAGUGAUGUUGAGUCCUCGACCUUGGAGACAUAUCGUCUUAGGCUAGAGUCUCAAAUAAAGAAGUAUGAAGAACUCAACUUUAAAUACUUAGUUCAACUUGGAGAAGAAGGGUUCUCUGAGCAAGACCCUGAUAGAGCACAGCUCACUGCAAAGCGGCGUCAUGCCAACCAAGUCAUCAUACAGAGCACUGAAGUUUUGGAGAAACUAAAAAUCAUUUGCAUGGAAGCCAAACCCAAGAGUAUUGCAACAGAGUUUAGGCCAUUGCAUAAGGUGAAGUUGCCGUCUUUAUCACUACCAGAAUUUGAAGGGAUCGAUGGAGAAUGGUCCCCCUUUUGGGAUGUUUUCGAGUCUAACGUUCACUCUCGUCCAGACUUGAGAGCUGUUGACAAAUUUAAUUACCUGGAGGGAUGUUUGAAGGGUGAAGCUCUAGCGAUGAUUAAAAAUAUCCUUGUCGCGAAUGAAACUAUUUAG